CGCUUCGCGUACUGGACAAUCGCCAUAGCGUUUUCCUAUUCGUUCAUGGCUGCUGCUCCUGUACCUUCGGCCAAUCACAGAGUUUUUGCACCUGAAUAGGUUCUACGUUAGGCCCAGUCGACGAGGGACUAGGAAUUAUGGAAGGGAAUACAGUAGCUCAGACAUUGACCGCUGAUCAGCUUGGUCAGAUCCAGACCAUUCAGACCCAAGGUGCCCAGGCCGGCGGUCAGCAAAUCCAGUUACAGCUGCAAGGGCAAGCUGGUGCAGGUAGGCGGGGCUGGACAGAUCCUAUCCGGGGGUCAGCCAAUCACGCUGCAGGUCGCCGGGGUCAGGCUGGGACGACACAGCUCCAGCAACUUGCGCAGACGCUGCAGGUCGUAGGGGCAGGAGGUCAAGUCCAACAGAUUCAGCUUAUUCCAACUCAGCAGCUACAAGGCGCCAACCAGGCAACACAGGGUCAGACACAAGUGGUGCAGACACAGAGCUCCACUGCACAAGGACAACAACAGCAGCAGCAACAACAGCAGCUACAAGAACAGACACAGCAACAAGCUCAGCAGAUUCAGAUCGUACAGCCCCAGCAAGUUCAGGCAACCAACCAGCAGGCAGCAGGUGCAACACAUCAUUGUCCAGCAGCCACAGGGCAACACUCAACAACAGGGACAACAGCAGCAGCAGCAGCAACAACAACAGCAGCAGCAACAGCAGCAGCAGAUACAGUUGCAGCAGCUUAUAACUGCAGACGGGCAGACGAUCUACUAUCAGCCGUCGUUGCCGGGGACAACCAGGUCACCUUGCCAGGGACUCAAUUGCAAAGUACCACAAGCGGUACUGGAGGUGGUGCUGGUGAUAACAAUGGAGUUAUGCAGUUACAGACCACUAACCAAGUCCAACAGGCUCCAGCGAAUACAGCAGCAGCCAGCGGCAACCAGCUUCUGCAAGUGGCUGCAAACAACGGCACAGACAACAGCAUCGUCAUGAUGAUACCAGGUAGCGGGGGUGUUCCCACUAUGCAGAGAAUUCCUCUACCAGGAGCGGAACUACUUGAAGAAGAACCCUUGUAUGUGAAUGCCAAACAGUAUCAUCGUAUUCUCAAGAGGAGGCAAGCUAGAGCUAAGCUAGAAGCAGAAGGCAGGAUUCCCAAGGAGAGAAGGAAAUACCUCCACGAAUCCCGUCACAACCAUGCAAUGAACCGAGUCCGGGGCGAGGGUGGUAGAUUCAAUUCUGGUGAAGGAGAGGAGGACAUGAUCCCUUCGCCCUCUAUGUUGAAGUCCUCUCAUCAUCAACUCCACCGACAGCAGCAGCUACCUACAAUGGUACAGCUACCGCAGGGGAUGACCCUGGCUACUGGACCUGACGGACAUGUGACCCAAGAAGGAAUGAUCAACCUCAGCAUGCUGACAGGAGGCGGGACAUCCACCUCAGCUCAGGUUCUCAUUGGUCAAGGCAACACCAUAGCAACAUUAGCGGCCAAUGGCGUGAGAGGAGUCUCCCAAUAGUCCCACGGCAGCGGUCACUUUAGAAAACUUUUUGAAGAAAGCGAGGUUCUCAUCGGUCAAGGCAACACUAUCACAGCGUUAUCGUCCAACGGUGUGAGAAGAGUCUCCCAAUAGUCCGAAGGCAUUGGCCACUUAAUAAAACUUUUAAAAGAACGCAAGGUUCUCAUUGGUCAAGGCAACACCAUCGCAACGUUAUCGUCCAAUGGCGUGAGAGGAGUCUCCCAAUAGUCUGAAGGCAUCAGUCACUUUAGAAAACUUUUUUAAGAAAGUGAGGUUCUCAUCGGUCAAGGCAACACCAUCACAAAGUUAUCGUCCAACGGUGUGAGAAGAGUCUCCCAAUAGUCUGAUGGCAUUGGCCGCUUUAGAAAACUUUUUGAAGAAUGCGAGAUGUCAAAACAAACCGUCAGUGUGUUAUCGUCUCAUUGCCUGAAAGUGGUCUCGUAAUAGUGUGACAGGAAUGGCCAAUUUGAAAAUCUCUGUAGAACUGCUCGAAAGAAUGAACGUGGCAAAGGCAACAGUGUCAUCACUGGGUGAGGGGAGUUUGGACGCGACUGUCACCAAAAUAUGUUUUGAAGCCGUUGACAGCAGUAUGGACUGCAAGUCUGCUGACCAAAGCUUCUUGUUGACACUGGCAUGAAAGGUCAGAUAGGUCAAUAAUUUGUCCACCUGAAGAUAAUGAUAUUUUACCAGGAUGGGUCCAUUAGAUGUUAUGAAACUGUUGAAACCGGUAUGGACUGCCACUCUGCGAGAUGCCAACCAAUGCUGUCUUGUUCAAAGGUCACUGAUUUGAAAGAUCAGCUAAGUCAAUACCUUAUCCACCUGAAGAUAAUAAUAAUUCACCAGUGAUAAAACACCUUUAUUACUCUCAGACACUAUGGCUACUUAUGAAAUGAUAAGAUCUAAAGCUCAUUGCAAAGUAAUGGAAUAUUGAAAGUAUGUACAUGUUUAAGAAUGUGUAAUAUAUUUUCUAUAGCUAGGUCUUUUGCAUAAAGAUUUGGGUUAGGACACAACUUGAAGAAAACAAUAAGCUCAACUUGAUUUUCAACCAUCAAGGAUCUUGCAUUUAGGAUUUGCAUUUAAUUUCUCAAGUUGCGGCUAAAGGAUACUUUUUAUGUAACAUGAACGACAAGGGAGGUUGCCUUCAAAUGAGUAGGAAAAGCAUCUGAAUGUUUUUCUUUUAGUUUGAG